UCUUCACGAGUUUACAUCUUUCGUUUCUUGUUUCUCUCUCACUUCAUCAAUCAUCAUCAUCUGUUUCUUUACAUCUUCUUCUACGAGACCUGAGUUUCAUUUGGGAAUCAGGAUGAUGAAGUCAUCAAGACAUCACCAAUCAAUUGAAGAUGAAAUCGUCACGACGUACUUGAAGAUGAUGAUGAUGAUAAUCGAUAAUAACGGAAACGUUUGGCCUCGCCACUUCCUCCGAAGCCAAGACGUAUACUGCAAGAACCCAUCGACGCUUUUCGAUACUCAAAACCCUUGGAUCCUAUACGACGGGCGUUACUUCUUCGUUAAUCGGAGUGUGAAUUCUGGUAAAACCGAUGGAUGUGAUGAAUCCGGUUGUUGGAGGGUCAUGGGUCGUGAUAAACUGAUCAAGUCGGAGAAGACAGGGAAGAUUCUAGGGUUCAAGAAGGUUUAUAAGUUCUGUGAAAAGGAGAAACCUAAAUCGAUGUUUAAGUUCUGGGAAAAGGAGAAGAGACGAGUUAGAGAUAAGAGGAUCUGGGUGAUGGAAGAGUAUAGGCUUGCGAGUCAGUGGAAACAAGGUUACGUGAUCUGCAGGAUUCGACUUCUUUAUCCAAACACACUAGAGUUCAUGUUGUGCAACCAUAUCCGAGGUUACUAUAUAUGAUGAGUCUUAUGAUAUGAAACUGAAGACCCGAUUUAUGUUUUCUAGACUCUUAUCCAGUUUCUUGAUUCCUCUCGUUCUCUCUAUUCGAUUUGAUAUACGAAUGAUCUUCCACCUCAUGUUUUGAUCUUUUAUGAUUUGUUGUUAUUAGAAUUGAAAAAUAUAGAUUGGUAGGAUCGUUUCA